CCCGCCGAUUGGUCGAUGGCAGGAGAGACGCUCCCGCACGCCGCCGGCUCUGAUUGGCCCAGCGGUAGGAAAGGUUAAACCAAAAAUUUUUUUACAGCCCUAGUGUGCGCCUGUAGCUUGGAAAAUUAAUUGUGGCUAUAGCCGCCUCGAUCGCUGUCUUCCCAGCCUCGCUGCGGCCGCUCCGGGACGCGCCCGCCCGCCGCCCGGCUCUCCCCCCCUUUGGGCUGCUGCUGCUGCUGCUGUGACUGCUGCUGCGAGAGGAGGAGGAGGAGGAGGAAGCAGCGGGGGGGGGGAGCGGGGGGUGGGGGGGAGACCAAGAAGUAGAGUUGGGAGCGAGGGAGCUUCACCCCCGGGGCGGUGGUUGUUUCUUUUUUUCUCUUUCUUUCUUUUUUUCUUUUCCUUUUUUUUUUUUUUUCUUCUAAUUCCUGAGGGGUGGUUGCUGCUUUUGCUACAUGACUUGCCAGCGCCGGAGCCUGCGGUCCAACUGCGCUGCUGCCGAAGCGCUCAGUGCCGCCGCCGCCGCCCGCGCCGCCCGCGCCCCGCUCGGCACCCACCGGUCGCCGCCUCCCGCCGCGCCUCUGCCCGGCUCCCGCGCCGCCGCCGCCGUUUCCCCCCGACGACUGGGUGAUGCUGGACAUGGGAGAUAGGAAAGAGGUGAAAAUGAUCCCCAAGUCCUCGUUCAGCAUCAACAGCCUGGUGCCAGAGGCGGUCCAGAACGACAACCACCACCCGAGCCACGGCCACCACAACAGCCACCAUCCCCAGCACCACCACCACCACCACCACCAUCACCAUCACCCGCCGCCUCCCGCCCCGCAACCGCCACCGCCACCGCAGCAGCAGCCGCCUCCACCGCCGCCCCAGGCACCGCAGCCCCCUCAGGCGCGGGGCGCCCCGGCCGCCGACGACGACAAGGGCCCCCAGCAGCUGCUGCUCCCACCGCCGCCGCCGCCCCCGGCCGCCGCCCUGGACGGAGCCAAAGCGGACGGGCUGGGCGGCAAGGGCGAGCCCGGCGGCGGGCCCGGAGAGCUGGCGCCCGUCGGGCCGGACGAGAAAGAGAAGGGCGCCGGCGCCGGGGGGGAGGAGAAGAAGGGGGCGGGCGAGGGCGGCAAGGACGGGGAGGGGGGCAAGGAGGGCGAGAAGAAGAACGGCAAGUAUGAGAAGCCGCCGUUCAGCUACAACGCGCUCAUCAUGAUGGCCAUCCGGCAGAGCCCCGAGAAGCGGCUCACGCUCAAUGGCAUCUACGAGUUUAUCAUGAAGAACUUCCCCUAUUACCGCGAGAACAAGCAGGGCUGGCAGAACUCCAUCCGCCACAAUCUGUCCCUCAACAAGUGUUUCGUGAAGGUACCGCGCCACUACGACGAUCCAGGCAAGGGCAACUACUGGAUGCUGGACCCGUCGAGCGACGACGUGUUCAUAGGCGGCACCACGGGCAAGCUACGGCGCCGCUCCACAACGUCGCGGGCCAAGCUGGCCUUCAAGCGCGGGGCGCGCCUCACCUCCACCGGCCUCACCUUCAUGGACCGCGCCGGCUCCCUCUACUGGCCCAUGUCGCCCUUCCUGUCCCUGCACCACCCCCGCGCCAGCAGCACUUUGAGUUACAAUGGCACCACGUCGGCCUACCCCAGCCACCCCAUGCCCUAUAGCUCCGUGUUGACUCAGAACUCGCUGGGCAACAACCACUCCUUCUCCACCGCCAACGGCCUGAGCGUGGACCGGCUGGUCAAUGGGGAGAUUCCUUACGCCACGCACCACCUCACAGCCGCGGCGCUCGCCGCCUCGGUGCCCUGCGGCCUGUCGGUGCCCUGCUCCGGGACCUACUCCCUCAACCCCUGCUCGGUCAACCUGCUCGCGGGCCAGACCAGUUACUUUUUCCCCCAUGUCCCACACCCGUCAAUGACUUCGCAGAGCAGCACAUCCAUGAGCGCCCGGGCCGCGUCCUCCUCCACGUCUCCGCAGGCCCCCUCGACCCUGCCCUGUGAGUCUUUAAGACCCUCUUUGCCAAGUUUCACGACGGGACUGUCCGGGGGACUGUCUGAUUAUUUCACACAUCAAAAUCAGGGGUCUUCUUCCAACCCUUUAAUACAUUAACAUCCCUGGGACCAGACUGUAAGUGAACAUUUUACACACAUUUGCAUUGUAAAUGAUAAUUAAAAAAUAAGUCCAGGUAUUUUUUAUUAAGCCCCCCCUUUCUGUACGUUUGUUCAGUCUUUAGGGUUGUUUAUUAUUCUAACAAGGUGUGGAGUGUCAGCGAGGUGCAAUGUGGGGAGAAUACAUUGUAGAAUAUAAGGUUUGGAAGUCAAAAUUAUAGUAGAAUGUGUAUCUAAAUAGUGACUGCUUUGCCAUUUCAUUCAAACCUGACAAGUCUAUCUUUGAGCCACCAGAUUUCCAUGUGUGCAGUAUUAUAAAUUAUCAUGGAUCUGUAUGGUGGAUGGAGACCUUGAGAACAACCUAAAUUAUGGGGAGAGUUUUAAAAUGUUGAACUGUAAUUUGUAUUUAAGAAGCAUUCGUAGUAAAGGUGCCCAAGAAAUUAUUUUGGCCAUUUAUUGUUUUGUCCUUUUCUUUUAAAAAGCUGUUUUUUUUUUUGUUGUUGUUGUUGUUUACUUUUAGACCAAAGAUUGGGUUCUAGAAAAUGCACUUGGUAUACUAAGUAUUUAAAAAAAAAAAAAGUUGUUUCAGUUGGCAGCACUGCCCAUUCAAAUGAAUCAAAUCAGAAGGGGACAAAAUUAAUGAUUGCCUUCAGUUUGUGUUGUGUAUAUUUUGAUGUAUGUGGUCACUAACAGGUCACUUUUAUUUUUUCUAAAUGUAGUGAAAUGUUAAUACCUAUUGUACUUAUAGGUAAACCUUGCAAAUAUGUAACUUGUGUUGCGCAAAUGCCGCAUAAAUUUGAGUGAUUGUUAAUGUUGUCUUAAAAUUUCUUGAUUGUGAUACUGUGGUCAUAUGCCCGUGUUUGUCACUUACAAAAAUGUUUACUAUGAACACACAGAAAUAAAAAAAUAGGCUAAAUUCAUA